UUUUUUCCUCUCUUCAUCACGGCAACACAUCGCAUCGAUUCAAGUCUUAGCUCGCCGUAAACUUUGAAAAUGGCGGAACGUGGUGGAGAAAGAGGCGCCGAGCGUGGUGGAGACCGUGGUGGUUUCGGACGUGGUUUCGGAGGCCGUGGUGGAGGAAGAGGUGGUCCUAGAGGCCGUGGUGGUCGACGUGGAGGUCGUCCCGCAGAGGAGGAGAAGUGGGUUCCAGUGACCAAGCUUGGUCGUCUCGUGAAGGAAGGAAAAAUCCAGAAGCUCGAGCAGAUCUAUCUUCAUUCACUCCCGGUCAAGGAGUAUCAGAUCGUGGAUCUCCUCGUUGGUCCUACAUUGAAGGACGAGGUGAUGAAAAUCAUGCCGGUUCAGAAACAAACCAGGGCCGGUCAGAGGACGAGGUUCAAGGCCUUUGUUGUCGUCGGAGACGGAAAUGGUCAUGUUGGAUUGGGAGUGAAGUGCUCUAAGGAGGUUGCUACGGCCAUUAGAGGAGGGAUUAUCCUCGCGAAGCUCUCUGUUAUUCCGGUGAGAAGAGGUUACUGGGGUAACAAGAUCGGGAAGCCACAUACGGUUCCUUGCAAGGUCACCGGAAAGUGUGGAUCCGUCACGGUGAGGAUGGUUCCAGCUCCAAGAGGUGCUGGUAUUGUGGCUGCUCGAGUUCCUAAGAAGGUUCUUCAAUUCGCUGGAAUUGAUGAUGUUUUCACCUCCUCCAGGGGAUCCACCAAAACUCUGGGCAACUUCGUCAAGGCUACAUUCGAUUGCCUUCAGAAGACUUACGGAUUCCUUACACCGGAAUUCUGGAAAGAGACAAGAUUUGCUAAAUCCCCAUACCAAGAGUACACAGAUCUCUUGGCCAGCAAGGAGCUUCCGAGCAGCAAAGUCAUCACUGAGGGUGAAGACCAAGCCUAAAUGAUGCCCUUGAUGAGUUGUCUUCAUUUUGGAUUAUCCUUCAUGAGUUGAUUUUUGGUCGAACCUUAGUAUAUGUUUGCUGGAUUGCACCUUUAUGUUUUAUUCUCUCCUAAACAGUGUAUUUCUUUUUUAUCAGUUUUUAAUUAUGGAUGAUAAUGUUCUAGUUUUGCUUAUUUCUUUUUGACUAAAGCCAAAUCCCAGUUUUCUAUGGUGGAUGCCAGUUUGAUUU